AUGCAGGCCGGUCCGUCCAUAUCCCCUCUGCAGUACCCACCAUCUCGCUCCGGGAACCCCUCUCUCCUGGCCUCGGGCCCUGGGCCCCGUGUGGACGUGAGAUCUCGGGAAGAGGUGGGUGGAACCAUCCCUGGGGCGCUCAACAUGCUGGUGUCUUAGUUGGAGAGUGCCCUGCAGGUGGGCCCUGCUGCCUUCCAGCCUUCGUACUCACUGAGGCCAAAGCUGGAAGAUGAGAAUCUCAUUGUCUUCUGUCAGAUGGGCAAGUGGGGCUUGCAGGCCACACGGCUGGUCUGGGACACCGAGGGGCUCGCAACUCCACAGGGGCCGAUAGAGAAGGGUUCCAGGAAGGAGGUUAGGUAG